GGCCCGCCCCAUCGCCCAGAGGCCUCAUAUAAACGAGCUCCCCGGAUAGGGCUCGCUGCGAAGGACAUUCGGGCUGUGUGUGCGACGUGGUUCGAAGGGGCAGUCGGGGCAACCGCGAAGAAGCCGAGGAGCCCAGAGCCCCGCGUGACGCUCCUCUCUCAGUCCAAAAGCAGCUUUUGGUUCGGCGCAGAGCGACCCGGGGGUCUAGCUUUUCCUCGAAAGGCGCCGCCCUGCCCUUGGCCCCGAGGACAAAGAGCACCGCAGGGCUGAUCACGCUGGGGGCGCUGAGGCCGGCCAUGGUCAUGGAAGUGGGCACCCUGGACGCUGGAAGCCUGCGGGCGCUGCUGAGGGAGCGCGCGGCACAAUGCCUGCUGCUGGACUGCCGCUCCUUCUUCGCCUUCAACGCCGGCCACAUCGCCGGCUCUGUCAACGUGCGCUUCAGCACCAUCGUGCGGCGCCGGGCCAAGGGCGCCAUGGGCCUGGAGCACAUCGUGCCCAACGCCGAGCUGCGCGGCCGCCUGUUGGCCGGCGCCUACCACGCCGUGGUGUUGCUGGACGAGCGCAGCGCCGCCCUGGACGGCGCCAAGCGCGACGGCACCCUGAGUCUGGCGGCCGGUGCGCUCUGCCGCGAGGCGCGCGCCGCGCAAGUCUUCUUCCUCAAAGGUACGCCCUCGGGGAAGCUCGGGGCGGGCCGCACACCCCUGAGAUUUUGCCCGGUACCCUCGGCUCUUGGCUCCCGGGGGGUCGCCCCACCUGCAGCGCGUGGGCGCUGGAGUACAUUUAUCUCUGGAACUUGUCAUUGGCUUUGUUUGGCUCUGGGAACAAAGACUUGCCUGGGCCUUUCCGCUGUAAACUUCCAGCCCUUGGUGGGUGGGGGAGUCGUAUGAAGGUGCCCUGUCCCGGCGUCACUAAUGAGGAAAAAAAAAAUGUCUUUGUAUUCCCAGGAGGAUACGAAGCGUUUUCGGCUUCCUGCCCGGAGCUGUGCAGCAAACAGUCGACCCCCAUGGGGCUCAGCCUUCCCCUGAGUACUAGCGUCCCUGACAGCACGGAAUCUGGGUGCAGUUCCUGCAGUACCCCACUCUACGAUCAGGGUGGUCCGGUGGAAAUCCUGCCCUUUCUGUACCUGGGCAGUGCCUAUCACGCUUCCCGCAAGGACAUGCUGGAUGCCUUGGGCAUCACUGCCUUGAUCAACGUCUCAGCCAAUUGUCCCAACCAUUUUGAGGGUCACUACCAAUACAAGAGCAUCCCUGUGGAGGACAACCACAAGGCAGACAUCAGCUCCUGGUUCAACGAGGCCAUUGACUUCAUAGACUCCAUCAAGAAUGCUGGAGGAAGGGUGUUUGUCCACUGCCAGGCAGGCAUUUCCCGGUCAGCUACUAUCUGCCUUGCUUACCUCAUGAGGACUAACCGAGUCAAGCUAGACGAGGCCUUUGAGUUUGUGAAGCAGAGGCGAAGCAUCAUCUCCCCCAACUUCAGCUUCAUGGGCCAGCUGCUGCAGUUUGAGUCCCAGGUGCUGGCCCCACACUGCUCGGCAGAGGCUGGGAGCCCCGCCAUGGCUGUGCUUGACCGAGGCACCUCCACCACCACUGUGUUCAACUUCCCCGUCUCCAUCCCUGUCCACUCCACGAACAGUGCGCUGAGCUACCUUCAGAGUCCCAUCACGACCUCUCCCAGCUGCUGAAAGGCUGUGGGAGGUGAGGCUCUUCACAUCCCACUGGGACUCCAGGCUCCUUGAGAGGAGAAAUGCAGUAACUCUGGGAGGGGCUCGAGAGGGCUGGUCUUUAUUUAUUUAACUUCACCCGAGUUCCACUGGGUUCCUAAGCAGUCGUUGUGAUGACUUAGCGUCAAGACAUCUGCUGAACUCAGCACAUUCGGGACCAAUAUGUAGUGGGUACAUCAAGUCCCUCUGACAAAAUGGGGCAGAAGAGAAAGGACUCAGUGUGUGAGCCAGUUUCUUUUUGCUCGCUCCUGUUUUUUGUAGAAUCUCUUCAUGCUUGACAUACCUACCAGUAUUAUCAUUCCCGACGACACAUAUACAUAUGAGAAUAUACCUUAUUUAUUUUUGUGGAGGUGUCUGCCUCCACAAAUGUCAUUGUCUACUCCUAGAAGAACCAAAUACCUCAAUUUUUGUUUUUGAGUACUGUACUAUCCUGUAAAUAUAUCGUAAGCAGGUUUGUUUUCAGCACUGAUGGAAAAUACCAGUGUUGGGGUUUUUUUUUAGUUGCCAACAGUUGUAUGUUUGCUGAUUAUUUAUGACCUGAAAUAAUAUAUUUCUUCUUCUAAGAAGACAUUUUGUUACAUAAGGAUAACUUUUUUAUACAAUGGAAUAAAUUAUGGCAUUUCUAUUGAAA